GACCUUGACUCAUGGCUUAUCGGACUCGACGAGCACAGCUGCUUGCUCUCGUCCGACUUGACCUUCGUUGGCCUACUCGGGCUGCGCAGUCAGAUGCGGUCAGGCAUCGAGGAGGCGGUGAGGAGCUGCGAGGAGGCAGGCGUCAAGGUCCGCGUCUUCACGGGGGAGCAGGUGGAUGGCGGGAAGCUUGCGGCGGAGACGUGCUCCCUGCUGCAGGACGGCAGCAUCGUGACGGCUGCAGAGUGGAGGAGGCUGUCGGAUCAGGAGCGAGCGGCGAUCGCUCCAUCGGUGCGCGUCAUGACAGGAGCGAGCUCGGAGGAGAAGGCGGAGCUUGUGAGGUGCCUGCAGGAGCGCGGGGAGGUGGUGGGAGCCUCGUGCCAGCACCUUGAAGACCUGAGGGUGCGGGAGCAGGCGGACGUGACGAUCGCGAUGAGGCAUCAGGGGGACGAGGUGGUGAGACAGGAGGCGGACCUGAUCAGCCUCAACGAUAGCCUGAGCUCCGUCGCCUCCGUCCUCUACAGGGGAAGGAGGUUCCACCAGAACCUGCAUGCCUACCUCGAGUACCGCACCAACUUCAACAUCGUCGCCCCAUUCGCCUGCUUCCUGGCAGCUCUCGGUGGGGUCGAGAUCUUCCUCCCCGAGCAGAUGCUCUGGAUGAAGGUGGUUGUCGACGUGCUUUCCCUCCUCUGCGUCGCAUCCGUCGAUCGCCUCCCUUACCACUUUCGCUCCCACGAGGCCCCGCGGUCUCCCUACCGCAGGAACGUCUCGCUACUCUCGGGGAAGUGUAAGGGGAGGCUGCUGGUGCAGGCGGGCAGCCAGUGCCUCCUCCUCUCCCUCCUCUCCUUCACAGGAGCCUCC